CCAUUCACAACCGUACACGUGUCAUCUGCCACGAAGUACAAAAGCUGAAAAAAGCUCCGCAGUUGAAGAUAGAUAACCCCGGCACUCGCUGCAGAAUGAGCUACUGAGCAACCACCAUCCACCAGACCACCACCAUCGUUCGUCGCCACCUCCACCGCCAAAAAUGUCCAUUUCCACGACGCUCCUCUCUCCACCGCCGGCGGCCACUGCUCGCCUCCUCUUCCACACCCCCACCCGGCCCGCCCUCUUCCUCAGACCCACCACAUUCCUCCGUCUCUCCGCCCCCAGGGCCUCCGUCGAAAACGGGACCGGAAUUCCAGCCUCCUCCCCCGCCGUGGCGGUCGAGGAGCCAGCGAAAGCUAAGCCCGAAGCAGCAGCGAAAGACAGCUCCAACGGAGCGGCGGCGAGCAAGUUCGUGGAUGGUAGAUGGAUUGGCGGGACUUGGGACUUGAAGCAGUUCAAGAAGGAUGGGUCGAUGGAGACUGAUUGGGAUGCCGUUAUCGACGCUGAGGCCAGGAGGCGAAAAUGGCUAGAGGCGAACCCUGAAUCAACAAGCAAUGAUGAUCUUAUCGUAUUUGACACAUCAAUUAUACCAUGGUGGGCUUGGGUGAAAAGAUACCACCUGCCUGAAGCUGAACUACUCAAUGGUCGUGCUGCUAUGAUCGGGUUCUUCAUGGCUUACUUUGUGGACAGCUUGACCGGGGUAGGCCUGGUCGACCAAAUGGGCAACUUCUUCUGCAAGACCCUGCUGUUCGUCGCAGUCGUCGGUGUGCUUGUGAUCCGAAAGAAUGAGGAUCUCGAGACGGUGAAGAAGUUGGUGGAAGAGACGACCUUCUAUGACAAGCAAUGGCAGGCAGCUUGGAAGGAUGAGAACACUGGCAGUUCAAAAAAGGAGUAGCCAGCUCUUUUAUCUUCCUUAACCUACUUGUUGGUCGAGUUAAUUUUCCCCUUGCCUUUUUGGGGUUCCCUCGUGUAUCGUUUGGGCCGGUUAACUAGGAAAUAUGGUGUUGGGCUGGACUGGAUUGACUCUUUGAUUCACUACCCUGUCAUUAAGCAUAUUAUCAUGAGUGUUAUUCGGCUUGAGCCAGCGUUAUUAUUUCUGAAUUGCUUGCCAACAAACUCUCCGAAGUGUUGCCUUUUUCGAAGCGUCGAUUUAUUAGUGAC